CGUAAUUACGCUGCCCCGACAGGGGAAUGCUAUGCAACUCUGUGGGGGAGCAGCCACUUUUGAGCCUAUCUGUACGGGCGGAAAUUCACACUGGUUACCGAUCAUGAUCCACUAUUAGCCCUGAAGAAGUCUAAGGAUUACUCGGGCAUGAUCGGGAGAUGGGCGACAGUGCUGCAGAGCAUGGACUUUGACAUUCGUCAUCGGAAGCACGAGAGGCACGAGAAUGCUGAGGGGUUGACACGACUGCACCGACCCGAGAAGGUCCUCAAGAGCGAAGAAGUGAUUCCGUCGAACGAGCCGAAGGAGAAGAACGGACCGCGAUACAGACAAGUGACGUGGACGCGGACCAGUGAGCAGACUGCGUGCAUCGAGUACCUGGAGCUGCUGAUCAUCCAGGCCUGGAGAACGGAUGUGGAAGGUGAUCUUCUCGGUUUCGUCUUCGGAUCGGUGCGGCCAGGCCAUCGCCAGCCUAUCGUUCAAGAACUCAUCGUCCCGAUCGUGCAAUUAGCUGACGAUCUCCUCCUCGACAUCGUAUCGCAAAGUGACGAUAGUCCCGCCUCGCAUGUCAUCACGAGGGCGUUAACACCGUAUCUUCAGUGGACUGCUUGCUUGGAGGAACCCGGGAGUGACAGCACCUUGCCAUCACGACAGGAGUACUUGAAGCCGUACGAAAUCAUUGAUCGCGCCUUCUAUCCGAGGGAGCCUGAGGAGGUGUUUCAUGGAAAAGAAGAAGCCACAAAAGAAGAAGGCGACGCCGACGAAGAAACGUCGGAAGAAGGAAGCUAUAGUGAGUUCAGCGAAGGAGAGAAGAGUGAGGAGGAGGAGGAGCUAGAAGAAGAAGAACAAGACGGAGAGGAGGGAACCGGAUCGGAGUGGGAGGACUUGCCUGAGGAAGCGGCACGUACAGGUACGGAAGCGGAAGAUCCCGAAGCGGCACGUAGAAGGGAAGAAAUCGCUUCCGGGAAAAAACAGCUGGAGAUCGCCAGCGGGGCGAGCCUGUGCAUCAACGACGACCCAACCAGGGAUCCAGAGGCCCCCGAGCCCGAAGAUGGCGGAUCAGUAACCGCGGCUCCGAGCACAUCACGACGGAGACGGAGCCGAUCCCCCUCCCCCUCCACCCCAACCCGUCCCCCAGUUCGUCCACGCACCGAUGCGGGGAAUCGGCCUUCGUCCCCGGUCGUUAUCCCGCCGUCCCCUUGAUUACCUCACCCUUUGCCAAAUCUCUACCCCCGUCACCUUCCCUCGCAACCCCUUCCCUCCCAACACUUUCAAGCACUUUUAUUC